GAUAAUUGGCGUCCAAUUUAAAACGAAGCAAUAAAGGGUUUCAAUUUCUUCAAUGAGUAGACCUAGAAUUUGGGAAUUCUAAUAAUCAUUAUCGUUAUUAUUUUUGUGCCAUAAAUAUUUUGAAAUGAUCCAUUCUUGAGAAAACUCAGAUAAAUUGAAAGAUUGAAGAGAGUGCAAAUUGUUAUCUUUAAUUAGUAAAAGAUGAAGACGACGAAAGGAGGCAAGGUUAUGAACCCUACAGAUGCCUAUCGUAAGGAGCUUCGCAAGAAGGAACUUAAACGGAAUAAAAAAGAAAGGAAAAAGGUGAGGGAGGUUGGCAUUCUGAAGAAGGAUCCUGAUGUGCUGAAGGACCAGAUUGAUAAGUUGGAAAUGAUGAAGGCCGAUGGUGCAUUGGACAAAGCAAGGAAACACAAGAAGAGACAGCUCGAGGAUACACUCAACCUUGUAAUGAAAAAAAGAAGGGAAUAUGAAGACAAAAUGAAAGAGAAGGGCGAGACCCCAGUCAUGUUCAGUCAUUUGGGUCCACCUCGGAGAAGAACAUCUGCAGAAGAAGAAGAGAGAGCCAAGCACCUUAAACCCGAAGACUCUGUCUAUUUCCACCCAACAUUAAAUCCUACUGGGGCCCCUCCACCCGGAAAGCCUCCAAUGUAUAAGUCUUCUAUAGGGCCUAGGAUCCCCUUAUCUGCUGCUGGUUCCUCUGGUGGUGCCGCUUCAUCUUCAGGGAUGGAGUCUGAGGAUGCUUUAACAAUGCCUCCACCACCGCCUCCACCGCCUCCUCCUUUCCCAGAUAGCAAUAACAUGGAACCUGGAGGCGACACUGUGAUACCUGCUUCUUUGCCUCUUCCACCGCUUCCUCCACCACCAAAUCCUCCUGCACCAGGCUUGGGUAUGCCACUGCCCCCUCCACCUCUACCACCGCCACCCCCAGGGCCCCCACCAAAGGAUCAAGUUGCAAGUCACAUUUUACUUCCACCACCUCCCCCGCUGCAACAGUCUAUUCAGCCACCUCCACCUGGCACUAAUGAAAGUGAAAGGGACAAAAUUUCAUCUACAUUGCCAGAUGCACCAUCCACUAAAGAUACAGUGCAGUUACAUCCUGUUCUCCCUCCACCUCCGCUUGGAAUGCCCCUGAAAUCAGCAAAUAUUCAGUCUGAAAGUAGCUCAUCCGGAGCUGAUGACAGCAAUUCAACAGCUACAAAUGAUAAUUCUAAACUGGUUCCUCCUCCACCACCUCCACGGCAACCGGCUCCAUUUCCUGGGCCAACUUUGAUCCCCAAUUUACAGGUUGAUUUAUUACCCCCAGGGAUAUUGCAUUUGCCCCCACCUCCACCUCCACCAAAUAUGGGGUCACAAGUAGCUCCUCUUGGACUUCCUGGCCAAGUAGCUCCUCCUGGAGUGAUGUCACUAAUGCCAAGGCCACCAUAUGGUCUUCCCCCAAUGAUGAGGCCACCCCUUCCACCUGGUCCUCCUCCUACCUUACAAGAGGACGCCAUAAUGAGACCAUUUGUUCCUCAAAGGCCAUCUUAUGUCAAAUCUGCUGCGUCUACUGUUGUUAAGAGGCCGUUAGCACAACACAAUGAAGCACUUACAAAAAUGGUUCCUGCUUCUGUACUGGUAAGGAGAGAGAGUGCAGUCUCAAAACCAAAGCCGAAGACAACAGUUUCAUCUGCAGUAGCGAGGCCAGCUGCUCCUAUCCCCUUGAAGCCAGUCUCUGCUAAAUCGUCAUCAGCGCCUAAGAGUCAGAGCAUUGAUGACUCAUACACGGCAUUUUUAGAGGACAUGAAAGCUCUCGGGGCACUCGAUGGGUGAGAUUGGAGUUGAAGGUAAGAGACAACAAAGUGUACAGGCUAAUAUGAUGGAUCGAGGCAUUGAGCAGUGAUACUGUUAUUGGGUUUAUCUUCAUUUGAUGUGUCAAGGAAGUUGCAUUCUAUUGUCAUUGCUUCAUUUUAAACAUCUCAAUGACUGAGAGUCGAGUCGAGGGCUGUUUUUCUCAGUGGACAAUAGGGAAUGUUAACCCUGAGAUAUAGGUGGAAACUGUACUAUGUGAAAUUCAUUAUUUGCUGGCAUUCAUUUUUUGUUGUGUUGUUUGCACCGAGACACUCACAACCUCCUAAUUCCACCGGAAUUGCUUGAUAUUGAAAAAUUUACUGCUGUAGCUAAA